CUACAAACGACUCGCUUGUCUCACCUUACUCCAACAUCAUGCAACCUCAACGAUGAUCUCUCCGAAGUCGAGGCUUCAUUGAUCUUGCUCCGAAGAUGGCAAGCGGAACUCCGGCUGGCCUAUUGGAAAAUCUCGCCAUAUCUCCAAAAACUAUCAUGGCAGCGCUACAUAGCUCGAAUGACACCAUUUCUGCUCUCGAUCUCCCACCUCCCACAAUGGAGUCCCAACAGGAUGUCCCAGAAAUGCCUCCACAAUUUGAACCACCAGCAGAAUUUCUCAAAUUUUCCGAGCUGCCCUCGGAAUUGAGACUCAAAAUUUGGGAUGAAGCUAGCUUCUUUCAAAGGGAUAUCAAUCUUUGGUUGAAAACCCUCGGUGAACUCAGUGUGAGUGCCUACACUGCUGAGGAUUCCACCACCCACGAAUUAUUCAAAAGCCAUGAAUUUGUCACGAACACUGCUCCGCCAACAGUAUUACAAAUCUGCAAAGAAUCUCGAGUUGUUGGACUGACACAUUACCGGUUGUCGUUCGGAACGUCGUACGAAUUUGCCAAUCUCAGCAUAUCCACUACUCCACACAUAUACGUCAACUGGGACUGUGACAGGAUCUGUUUGCUAUGGCCCCAACAGUUUCAAUCACAUAAAAGCCGUUCCUUCAAGACACUCGUCAAUAUCUGCCAAGAAAACAGGCUCCGCUACCUUGCCCUGAACGUGUUGAGAGACGCUCAUUGGCCGUACGUUGAAAUUACCACUGCAGUGCACAGUCUCAAGGAAGUGCUACUAUUUGGCUCCACCGCUCAAAAGAGUGCAACAUACAGCGAUGCUUUGAAUAUUGGCUUUGUGAACACGGAGACACUGGCUAUGAUUUACCCAGACCUAUGGAGGAAGAUCCGCAAUCAUUCGUGGGCAAUCCGUCUCGAGAUUCCUCGGAGAGAUUUGGCCAAGUUCUUCAAUUUGAGCAAGGUUGGAAAUGAGUCGGAGGGUAGUUUAUGGGUACGACAAAAUGUACCAUUUGCCAGCAAUUCACCAGAAAUACCAUGGGGGCUUCAGUCUGAUCUCGGGAAUGAUGAAGUGCGACAGCCACCAAGGAUCGAGACUGGAUACAUUACCAUCAAUGGAUUUCCAGAGCUGAGUGACUGGAAUUGGUGAACGUUAGGCUUGUUUUGACUUCUCGAACGAGUUAAUCACCGCGAAGCCCCAAAAUUCGAUAAGCAGUCACAUGAAAUGUAAGCCGGUAUUCAUGAACUACAUGUUUGCUUGUUUGUGUGACUAGGCAGAAUC